UUCGGGCGACUGUUCGAUUACUCUGACUGUGAUUGUUUUACCCUGGGUGUCUUCCACAGCAUUGCAUAUAAUUUGUGCUCACUUUGGGCCUUAUAACUCUUACAUUUGGCACUUAAAGAAAAUUUCACAUCUUAGAAAAUGGCUGAUGAGGAACUGGAGGCUAUCAGGCGGCAGCGUAUGGCGGAACUUCAGACAAAACAUGGGAACUCCUCCAGUGAUCAAGGACAACAGGAAACCAAACAGAGAGAAACAGAAAUGAGGAACACGAUACUGGCCCAGGUGUUGGAUCAGUCAGCCCGUGCCAGAUUGAGUAAUCUGGCACUGGUGAAGCCGGAAAAAGCAAAAGCUGUGGAGAAUUAUCUGAUACAGAUGGCUCAGUACGGCCAGCUCGGGGGAAAGAUCUCAGAGUCUGGUUUAAUAGACAUCCUGGAAAAAGUCAGUCAACAAACAGAGAAGAAAAUAACUGUCAAGUUUAACAGGCGGCGGGUGAUGGACUCUGAUGAAGACGACGAAGAUUAAGAUGACUGUUCGCUCCCGUCAGUGUGCUGGUGAGAGAUGAGCGAAAGACGAGCGAGAGACGCCACUCCGGAUCUCGACAAGCACCAGCGUCUGACCAAAGGCCCGAUCUGUAGGGAGCAUCCUGAGGGGGAAAAGACUCCUGUCCCUUUGGACACACAAGAACUCCUCAUCCAUGGUUCUAUUAAAUCACACGCUUUCACUUGCCACAAAACAAUUUACAGUAUAAUUUCUAUAGACUGCUUUGGGAACGUUGUUUUUUCCCUUUAUCAAAAUUUGUGGAUUACUUGUUCAACUGUUUACAUGAUAAUAAAAAAAAACCUUAUAUACAA